AUGGAGACUCACCACCCUGGGGCCUUUAUGCUGCCUCCUUAUUCCAACAUUAAAGCCCCUGGUUGCCAGUUCCCUGCCCACGCCACCUUUCACAAGCUGAGCAGCUCUGUAUUAGGAUGCCAUAUCCCAUCAGGGACACCGCACGGCAUCUCAGACAUUCUUGGGAGACCACUACCCUCUCCACAUGGUGGCAUGUUGCCAGCAUACCCUACUAUGCCAGGAUAUGGAAGAGCUUCAGCUACCGUGGGCUGUUUUGCAGAGCAAGGUGGCAUUGUUGCCAAAAGUGGAAGCCCAUACAGCAAUCAGAACCAAGGUGACUGGAUGGAUAUCGGGCAGGAUUGGAGAGCAGGCAACAGGACACUUGGCCCCGCUGGGAGCGCAGAAGUUUCCACCAGGAAGAAGCACACCAGACCCACUUUCACAGGUCAUCAGAUAUUUGCCCUGGAGAAGACCUUUGAACAGACAAAGUACCUGGCAGGCCCAGAAAGGGCGAGAUUGGCUUUCAGUCUGGGCAUGAGUGAGUCUCAGGUGAAGGUCUGGUUUCAGAACAGACGCACAAAGUGGCGUAAAAAGACCACUGUAGAACCCUCCGGCCCACCUUUCCUUGGUUCUCGGGCCCCUGGGGACCUAACACCCUCUGAGAAUGAGGAUGAUGAAUAUAGCAAACCGUUGGAUCCAGAUUCUGAUGAUGAGAAGAUCCGGCUGUUACUGAGGAAACACAGGGCAGCGUUCUCUGUGCUGAGCCUAACCCCUCACAACCUGUAAGACAGACGGACAGAACAAAUCCAGAAGCUUUGAUGGGACUGAAAAGAACUUUAGACUAUAAAAAGACACAAAUCAGUACCAAACAUCAGCUACAAAACGUACUGCCAAAUAAUGGGCACGCAUGCUACGGAGUACACCGUGUUCUGUUACCUCUUAUAAGGAAAUAUUGUGCUUCAUAUAAGGCAGAAACAUGGACUUCUGUAUGCAAUAUGCAACACUGUACACAUCCCAGUGAUGGAAUCAGCCAGAAGUGUGCAUCAGAUAGUGGAACAGGUCAUAGCGAGCCUAUACCUUAUGAUGCCCCUGUGCCAGUCACUGAAUUAGGUACUACCCUCAGACUCAGCAGACUGAAAAUCUCUGCAGCUUUGGAAGAUUAAGUAUGCUGUUUUAAUUAUAUUACCCCAAAUCCGUACUUCUGAACCCCCCUAUAUUUCUGUAACCCAGGCUAGCUGCAUUUCUGUCAGUGAAUCCUGAUACAUUAUUAGAUUUAUAUCCAACAGUCAUGACUGCCUACUGUAAAUAUACCAUCUACCUCUAACUGUAUUCAGUGGCUGACAUAACCUAUGGCUGAUUCCCCGGCAGUAGGAGAGCAAUAAAGUACUCCAAAUCGGUGACUUUUGUUGAGCUGGGCACCCCAUGUUAUCUGCUGCCCUUGUUAUGAAAAGAAUAGCUCCCACAUCUAAUAACUCUGCACCUUCAAAUCUCUGAAGCCUUUAAGAGUGGACACCCAUACAUAAUGAUGUUUGUGAAGGGGGUUUGCAAAGUAACUACAUUUCCUGCAAGCCUAUUAAAAACUGCGCCAGAUCCAUUACACCUGGCUUGGUCUGUAGAUGGAAGAGGCGAGGUAAUGGGGGUGAGACACACCUAUUUGGGGCAUGUGAGGGUGUGGAUGGAGAAUGCAAUAGGGAGAGGCUAUUUAUCUUAAUGACACCAAGACUGAUAAACAGAGGUGUAAAUUCUGCCAUUUAACACACUGACAACAGGCACUGACCUUUACAUGAUUGUAAAAUGAUAUCACAUUGUUUUACCUGAAAGCCAGAGCUGCAGUUAUGAAAUAAUAUUGAAAAAUGUACAGACAUUAACUAAGGAAAAUUCAAUGUACAAGGGAAGAAUCACUAUCCCAAUAGCAAUUCCCAUACAGCAUAGGUUCUCAUACAGUUGCCAAUGCUGUUGGUACCAUACAGUAUGUCUAUAAAUUGAUGGCUGCAAAGCUACAUACAGUACAAAGCAAGAAGACAUAUACGCCAGGGAAGUUCUGCAGCUUCUUUGGGUAGAGAUGCAGAAAAAUAACAUAUUCAUCAUAUUCUGGUGUUGUACCUUCACUGAAUUCUGCCUUCAUUGUGAGUCAUGGUAUGAGGGGACAGUUCUAAAUGAUGACAUCAUUAUUCAUUAAAU